GGCUCCGCAGCCCGCCCCAGAUUUUAGCUCUGAGCCUCGCUGUGCAUCACGUUGCUUCUUCUGGCCGACGACAUCGCAGUCGAUACGCUUGCUUAUUCCGCGGUUCCUCGUGCUCCCCUGACCUCAGGAUCCGUCAGCCUGCUGCCACCCGUCGCCUCGCAGGUACUCACGACCUCCACGGGGCUCGCUCGUCAUCCGGGAAACUCUAUUCUUAUCGUCUGCACGUAAUGGAGUCUUCCAUGACCUUGCUCAGUGCUCACAUCCAAUUUCUUGAUACCCAGUUGGCCCUGAUCCACAUCCCUCUGUCGCUUUAUGCAAACUUCCUCCAGGCCAUUCUGCAACUGCUGCUUCCUAAUGAAGGCCGAACUGAUUUUGCCUCCUCCAACGGAGCAGUGCGGGCCCCUCGGGGAUGGCCGUACGAGCAUCCUUUUGUCAACAUCUCAAUCACUCAUAUUGAGUGCUCGAUAGUGUGUUCUCGAACUCUCGCCCGUGAGCUGUUUGCUCCUGUACGAGACAGCCUCGAUGCAGCGGCGAGAAGCCAAGUGUCUAUUACCAACGAAGACUCCAUCGUCAUGCAAGUUGACGGCGAAGGACUUGAUGCCGGACAGCGAGUCCUUGAGCUCACCAGUCCACUCGCACUGGCUGGAAUUUCCAUAUUCUUCAUUACCACCUACUUUUCCGACUACAUCCUCGUGCCUCUGCGGUGCAGAGGACAGGUUGUGCAUGCCCUCGAAGAGCGUGGGUUUGCUUUCGAGCAGCACACUUCGACCUACGUCAAUCCCUCCCACGGGCGGAACCACUCGUCCACUUCCUCGUUCGAAACUCAAUCGCCAGGCACCCCACCCCCGGCCACCAUCUCUGAGCUUCAAACCCGCACAUUUGCGACGCUCAAACGGCGCAACAUCGUCCCUACCGUCAAUCCGAGUCUUCGGCUGAUCCAAUGCGCGGGUCGCAAAGACCCAUCACGGACAGGCAACUCGAACGGCAACCGAAACUCGACGACCAGCGCAGCUGACGACGCGCUGCACCUAGGCCUCGUAAAAUGCCUCAUAACACCGCCGUGCCCGAGAUUCCUGUCACUCACGCUCACGGACACCGAACCUGCAUCCCUGCUCCUCGAUCAUACGCUCCUCCCGAACUUCGCGCAAGACGUCCUACUAGGCUCUAAAGACGACUUCCUUAUUCCGAUCACGCUGGACCUGCGCGAGCUUCCUCUCGAAAGCACUGGCAUCGUGUGCGGUGUGGCAGGGCGCCUAGUUGGCGGCACAGCCCAGGGUGCUCUCGAGAACUCUGUCGAGAUGAGCUACCUCAGCACCGCACGCGCAGGAACCGUCAUGGUUGGCGAAGACGAGCUCCAUCGAGCGCUAGCCGCGCUGCGGGGUACAGAGAACGGCGUCGUACCCGAUUAACUUUAGGGCUAAGCGACGAGUGCGGCGAUCUGAUCAAUGAUGGGGACCGUCGUGGCCGCACAGCGAUGGGUAGCCGCAUGAAGCUGCGGUCAGGUGAGGGUCGAAAGUGCUCGCGUACAACCACAACCUCACCGAUCAGAAACGCCAGACCAGGGGGCCUGCCCCUCAUAUGCAAGCAGGCAACAGGCAGUCCACUUUGGACAAGCCUUGCCUUC